AUGGAAUCCGAGGUUCGGCAGGACGUCGAGGGGAAGGUUCGGAAAGAGCUUGAAACGGAGGUUCGGGAGAAGUUGAAGGCAGAGGUUCGGGAGGAGCUAGGAGCAGAAGCUGGGAGAAAUGCUGUGGAGGUCUUAAAGCCCAGCAGUCAAGGAUCGGUGGGAUCGGUAGAUGUGGGAACUCAAGUGAUAUCUGUGAGCGAGGAGGCUCGGAAAGAGAUUGAAGCAGCCGCUGUAGCUCGGAUGCGACAGGAAAUGGAAGAAGAGAUUCGGAAGGAGCUUCGGAACGAGUUUGAGAAGCAGAUUUGGGAAGAGGUGACUGAGAAGGUUCGGGAGGAGGUGCGGAAGGAGGUAGAAUUGGAGUUGAAAAAGUCUAAGGGCGAUUCUGAGGGUGCUUCGACUGCUGCUGCUGCUGGUGGAGCUGGUGGUGGAGUUACGGUUGAGAGUGGUGGAGAGGGUGUAGGGGACAAUGAGAGAACGGAGGUGGAGGGUAAAGGUGAAGAUGUGGGAGGUGGAGGAGAAAGAGAAGGAGCAGGAGCAGGGGCAGGAGAAGGGGCAGGAGCAGGGAUCGGAGAAGGGGUGGGAGCAGGGGCAGGAGCAGGGGGGGGAGAAUUGGCGGGAGCAGGGGGAGGAGAGGCAAGUGAAGCAGUGGGGCAGUCUACUGAAGAGCUUGCACGAUUGAAGGAGGACGCGGAGAAAGCAGAGGAGGAGCGGGGUCAGCUGCAGCAGCAGUUGGAGAAGCUACAGGUGUCGCUGGCUAAGAAGGAGAAGGCACGGCUGAGACUGCUGUCUGAGGUGGAUUCCCAGUCGCUGCAGAUAGAGAGACUAUUCGCGGAGAAUUCAGGGCUGGCAGCGGGGCUCAAGGAGGUCUCUGCCAUUGCCGCCCGCUGGGAGGCUCAGGUGCGCGCAUGGCAGAAGCUGCAGAGCGAGCAGCAGCAGGAGCAGAUGGACAGCGGCAAAGGGGCAGCAACAGCAGCAGGUGCAGCAGCAGGAGCAGGAGCAGCAGCAGGAGCAGGAGCAGCAGCAGGAGCAGCCUCAUCAGCAGAAAAGGCAGGAGCAACAGGGGAGUUAUCAGGAGAAGAGAAAGGAGGGGUGGGAGGAACAGGAGCAGCAGCAGGAGGAGUAAGAGCAUCAGGGGCGGUGGGUCCGGGGUUAGGAGACACGGACACAGAGGCAGACACGGAUGAUCAAGAGCUGCCAGUCUCCACCUCCCCCAGACAGCACCUGGAGCUGCCACCAGUAAACACCUCCCCCAGGCAACUUCUGGAAGUGCCACCGUUUUCUGGUGCUGGGACCUCAGCAAGUGGGGAAGAGAAUGGGGAGGUGGUGGUGGGUCUGCAGGGGGAUGGCGUGAAGAUGGAGGGGUCAGGAGCGGUGGAAGGUGGUGGAGAGGAAAAGGCAGGGAAGGAGGAUGGGGAGAAGGAGGAGGUCGGGGAUGGGGCUAGAGGUGGGGAGGAUGGGGGAGUGGGACAGAGGAGGGGAGUGGGUGUGGAGGUGAUUGGAGGGAAGUCUAUGGAAGUUCUGGAGGAAGAGAACAGGAAGCUUAAGGUGAGACAAGGGAAAGUUAAAUAA